AAGAUAUUGCAAAUUUUCUAAAAAUUAAAAACCCUACACUCUCUCGCUUUCCCUCUCCGAAACCGCUCUUCGAUUCGGUUCUGAACAAUGGCGACCGCGUCGCUGGACGAUGAAACCGCGAAGAAAGUCGUACGACAGGUGGAGUUCUACUUCAGUGAUAGCAACCUUCCCAGAGACAACUUUCUCAAGAAAACCGUCAGUGAAAGCGAAGAUGGCAUGGUUAGUUUGGCUCUUAUUUGUUCUUUUAACCGGAUGCGAAAGCACCUUAAAUUGGAGGAAGUUAAGUCGGCGGAGGUGCCCGACGAUACAGUCAAAGCUGUUGCUCAAGCUUUGAAAGAUUCGGCUUUGGUCAGACUCUCAGAAGAUGGGAGCAAAGUUGGUAGGUCAACUAAGCUUCUGAAGCCAGAAGAGGUAAUUGAGCAGGUAGAGAUAAGAACAAUUGCUGCAUCGCCAUUUCAAUAUGAUGUGAAGCUUGAAGAUGUGGAGGCAUUCUUUGGUCAAUAUGCCAAGGUUAACAGCGUGCGGUUGCCUCGCCAUGUUGGAGACAAAAGGGUUUUUUGUGGCACUGCUCUUGUUGAGUUUUCAUCCGAUGAAGAAAUGGAAAAAAUUUUGAAGCAAAGUCUUGUCUAUGCAGGGGCUGAGUUAGAAUUAAAGCCAAAGAAGGACUUUGACGUGCAGAGAGAGAAAGAAUUAAAAGAGCAAGAAAAAUUUCGUCCACCCGUGGGUGUAGAUCACCAAAGUAACAUAAGUACAGAAGCAGACUACCCUAUAGGGUUACUUAUAGCCUUCAAGCUAAAAAUUAUUUCUGAUGAAGUUCCAUCGGAGCAAAAUAACCCUGAACAACAAACCAAUGAUGCUCAUGAUAUCUCCAAAACCGAUCAACAAAAUCCAUCUGAAAUUGCUGCUGAGGAAAGUGGUAAAAAUAUAUCAGAAAAUGAUGAGAAUGAUAAAGAAAAUGGUGAGGUGAGUGAAGGAAAAGAAACUGAGGGUGAGGAAAAGAGUAAAGAAACUGAUGGAAAAAAUUCUGCUGCCGCGGAUAAGGACAACAAGUUUGUUGUCUCACGAGAGGAUUUGAAAGUUGUCUUUGAGAAGUUUGGUACCGUGAAGUACGUUGAUUUCAAGAUUGGAGAAGAGUCGGGAUAUAUCCGAUUUGAAGAACCUGAAGGUGCUCAGAAAGCUCGUGCAGCUGCAGUUCUUUCUGAAAAGGAGGGCUUAGUUGUCAAGAAUUGUAUUGCUAUUCUGGAUCCAGUGACUGGUGAGGCGGAGAGAGAAUACUGGAGCCUGCUUCGUGGUAAUCAGGAUAAACGCAGAGGAUUUAUGAAUAACAGAGGAAGAGGAAGAAAGCAUGGGAGAGGGGGUAAAUUCAACCGUUCCCGAGAGAAUGAAUCUGGAUCAAAUCGCCCAAAUAAAUUUAGGAAGUUUUAACUGUAUACAGAUUAAUGGUUAUAGAUGACUUUAGAUGUCAGGAUUUUAUGUUGCUGAGAGGUAUUUUACAAUGCAUACCUUAAAUUUUGAUCUGUUUAUAGUUGCGUCAGGAGUAGCAUGAUGUAGUUCCCCGCUGUUUUGGUUAUUAUAGGCUAUAAGACUUGGGCUAUAAUUUAUUAUGCACUCUUAUUUUAAAUUUUAUUUUAAUUCGAUAUA